AUGGGUGGAGAACCUCAUCUCACCCCCACUCCUGCUACGAAGACCCUCCCAGUGUUAGCGGAGCGCCCGGUCGGCCAGCGGAUCACGAAGAUCUACACCGACCGACUUAAGCAGUUCACAGACAAAGGCCAGUAUGAAGGUCAGAAUCUUCUCUCCAAACUGUUUGAAGCAACCAAUUCGGACGACGAUCAUGUCAAGCUAUCGGUAUAUUCUGUCCCCAACCUCGAACGACCAACCUUCAAGGAAGCAACCUCGCAGGAAUUUAAGCCUACCCAUACCGGAGAAUCCUUUGGACCCAGUUGGUCUACACAUUGGUUCCGGAUCAAAUUGACCGUGCCCGAGGAAAUGCGAAAGAAGGAACGGCUGGAGUUCCACUGGGAUGCCAACAAUGAGGGACUAGUAUGGACCGAGGAUGGCCACCCGUUGCAAGGUCUUACCGGUGGCGGCGAACGUACCGAAUGGAUUAUCCCUGAUGCGUGGCGUGAUGGAAAGGAGCACACCUUUUAUAUUGAAAUGGCUUGUAAUGGAAUGUUUGGAAAUGCGCCCGGGGGCGACUCGAUCCAACCGCCGAGACCGGACAAGUCGUAUCAGCUCCAUACAGCACGGAUUACCGCUGUCAAUUUGGCGGCACGGGCGCUUUUCUAUGAUUUUUGGAUUAUUGGCGAUGCUGCUCGCGAGUUCCCUGGGGACUCUUGGGAGGCACACGAGGCAAAUGUUGUCGGGAAUGCCAUUAUCGAUGUUUUCACCGCAGGCAAUGGAAGCCAAGAGUCUAUUCUCGAGGGUAGAAAAAUCGCCCAAAAGUAUCUCGGUGACAAGGUUGACUCCUCGGAUGUCUACAAACCAGAUACAAACCCUUUUGUGUAUGCUAUUGGACAUUGCCACAUUGAUACCUGCUGGUUGUGGCCCUGGGCAGAGACAAAGAGAAAGGUUGCUCGCUCUUGGUCUAACCAAUGCGACUUGAUGGAUCGGUACCCAGAACACCGAUUUACAUGUUCGCAGGCCCAGCAAUUCAAAUGGCUGCAACAAUAUUAUCCCUCGGUAUUUGAUCGUGUGAAGCGAUGGGUACGCAAAGGUCAUUUCCAGCCAAUCGGAGGUAGCUGGGUUGAACAUGACACCAAUAUGCCUAGUGGGGAGUCUUUGGUCAGACAAUUCCUUUAUGGCCAACGAUUUUUCGAGAGUCACUUCGGAAAAAGAUCCACGACAUUUUGGUUGCCCGAUACAUUUGGCUACUCAACCCAAAUUCCCCAGAUUUGCCGCCUUGCCGGAAUGAGUCGCUUCUUUACCCAAAAGCUAAGUUGGAACAACAUUAACACUUUCCCUCAUACCACUUUUCAGUGGGUUGCAUUGGAUGGCAGUCAAGUGAUGUGCCAUAUGGCUCCUGCAGAGACAUAUACCGCUGAAGCUCACUUUGGUGAUCUUAAGCGGAGUAUUACGCAGCAUAAAUCACUGGACGCUGAUAAGUCCUCCCUACUUGUAUUUGGCAAGGGAGAUGGCGGUGGUGGACCCACAUUCGAACAUCUUGAGAAGCUCCGUCGUUGCCGCGGUCUAAGUGACAAGACUGGUACUCUUCCUCGGGUCAAGAUGGGAGAGUCUGUCGACGACUUCUUUGACAAGCUUGAGGCCGCUGCUGCCAGUGGUACCGAAUUCGCGACGUGGUACGGGGAACUAUAUUUCGAGCUCCACCGAGGUACAUAUACUACCCAGGCGAACAAUAAGCGUAACAACAGGAAGUCUGAAUUCUUGCUCCGUGAGAUUGAAUUUUUGUCUACAUUGGCUACUACCAUCCAAAGCUCCGAUGGGAAAUACCGGUACCCGAAGAAGGAGAUUGAUGAAAUGUGGGAAAAUACCCUUCUUUGCCAAUUCCAUGACUGUCUGCCUGGUAGCUCAAUUGAGAUGUGCUACGAUGACUCCGACAAGCUUUACGCCGAGGUUUUCAAGAUUGGGACCCAGUUACGUCAAGAUGCCCUAGCAGCCUUAGGAAUCACUAGUCCCGUUGGUGAUAAAUCAGCUUUGGUGGCUAUAAACACAUUGCCUUGGCCUCGGUCGGAGGUGGUCAAGAUUCCCCAAUCUCUAACUGCCAAGAAUGUCUCUGAGUAUGCACUCGUCAAUGGUUCGACGGGUGUAAUUGACUGCCAACAAGUUGAUUUCAAGACCAGCAAUUCAGUUACCGUGACAGAAACCCAACCUGGAGCUUUCCGUCUUGAGAAUGGCAACCUUAAAGUUGAAGUUCAGGACGGUGUCAUUACCUCCUUAUUUGAUAUUGCGGCUAACAGAGAAGUCAUCUCAAAGGGAGGGAAGGCUGGUCAGCUCGUUAUAUUCGAUGACAAGCCAUUGUACUGGCAGGCUUGGGAUGUCGAGGUCUUCCACCUCGAGUCACGCAAAGAGCUUGCUCCUGGAAAGACAGUCAUUGCGGAGAACAAUCCCCACCGAGUAAGCCUAGUGACCGAGACCAAGAUUAGCGAGAACAGCUGGAUCAAGACAACUAUUAGCCUUUCAGCGUCGGUGUCCUCCGAGCCCUCAUAUGUUGAAUUUGAAAGCGAAGUUGAGUGGCGGGAGACCAUGAAGUUCCUCAAGGUUGAGUUCCCUGUGGAUAUCACCAACACUGAGGCCUCCUAUGAAACUCAAUAUGGCAUCAUCCGUCGUCCGACCCACUAUAACACAAGCUGGGACAUGGCCAAGUUUGAAGUCUGCUGCCACAAGUGGGCUGAUCUCUCUGAGAACGGAUAUGGCGUUUCGGUCCUCAAUGACUCCAAGUAUGGGUUUGCUACAUGUGGCAGUCUCAUGCGCCUUUCGCUUCUCCGUGCCCCCAAAGCCCCAGAUGCCCAUGCGGAUAUGGGUCGUCACCGUAUUCGCUAUGCUAUUCUUCCUCACUCCGGUGCACUUGAUGACCGGACUAUUCGUGCCGGUUACAACUUCAAUCAUCCGCUUGCCAUUGAGGAAGUUAGUUCUCGCGCAGCACGAAACGUUGACUUCAAGGCCGUCUCAAUCCAGGGCGCACCCUCUGUGAUCCUGGAUGCUGUCAAGCGUGGUGAAGAUGAUGAGGAUGUAUCGACUGGAAGUGGGAUCCCCGUCCGUCGUGGAAAGAGUAUCGUUUUGCGUGCUUAUGAGUCCCUUGGUGGCAAAGCUCGGGGUUUCAUUCUGAGCACCUUGCCCGUGAAGCGCGUCUGGAAAUGCAAUGUGCUCGAGGAUGACGAGGAGGAAUUGCAAAUCAAGAACACGAGCGAUGGCGUUGAGGUGGUCAUUACGCUAAGGGCAUUUGAGAUCGCUACUUUCCGAUUGCAGCUUUGA